GCACGUGGGUGGGAGAGGGAGGAUGGAGACGGAGCAGAAGCGCUUCGACUCCGGCGAUCUCCCCGCGCUGCGGCGGAUCCUGUGCGAACAGGGGCUGCUCUCCCGCCCCGACGGAUCCGCCUCCUGGAUACAGGGGGACACAUCUGUGUUAGUUGGCAUCUAUGGACCUACGGAAGUCAAAGUCAGCAAGGAGAUCUACGACAAAGCUACCUUUGAAGUGCUGCUGAAGCCCAAGAUAGGGCUACCAGGGGUCUAUGAGAGAAGCCGGGAGCAGAUGAUCAAGAAGACGUGCGAGGCGGUUGUCUUGGGCACGCUGCAUCCCCGUUCCUCCAUCACAAUAGUUAUUCAGGUAGUUACAGACGCUGGCUCUCUGCUGUCGAGCUGCUUGAAUGCGACUUGCAUGGGCCUGGUGGAUGCAGGGCUGCCCAUGAACUCCUUGUUCUGUGGAGUGACGUGUGCUUUGGAUGCAGAUGGCAACAUCACCCUGGACCCCGCAAUGAAGCAAGAGAAGGAAGCUCGAGCAGUUCUGACAUUUGCUAUCGACAGUGCUGAGAAGAAGAUACUGAUGUCUAACACAAAGGGAUCAUGCUCUGUGGAAGAACUCCAGCAAUGCAUUGCCGCUUCACAGCGAGCCGCUGACACCAUCUUCCAGUUUUACCGCGAUUCUGCUCACAGGAAGUACUCCAAGUGGUGAUUCUACCCACAAGGGGAAUGGAACAGAGACUGGCUGUUAAGGAAAACAUGUCAUGCUGGUGGAUUCAGCCUGUCUUUCUGCCUUCUUUUUGGCGCAUCCAUCAUUCCAAACGGCAAAGUGGUGUGAUUGGACUGUUGUUAACUGGGAUUGUGUAACAUGCUGGCUACAGGUUAGGAUUGCAAGAUGUUGGAAAUACGUGGGUUUUUUUUUUACCGGACCUCCUUUACCACUGUGCUGUAUCAUCUGCCCCACAGGACUACAACGCACCCCUCUGCAAUAUCCUCCCGCAGCACAGAGAUUUCAUUUUCCGUUGUGUUUUGAUAUGCUUUUUUUUGUUCUCCAGCCAAAGCUUCAGCCACUGCUGCUCUGUGCAGGAAAAGCCUCAGCUUUGGCCUAAUUCUGGAUUUGGAUUCCUCUCUCUUCUUUUUUCGUGUGUGCACCUAAAAUAGUAGUUCUAUGGUCAUUAAAGCACACUGUAUUUUUUUCCAUGUC